CUUCACAAUUUUCCAAGCCAGACCCGCUAGCCUAAAAGAACUUUUAUUUAUUUUUUAACAUUAUUUGUUAUCCAUGACGAACUAGCUGAGAUCGCGUAGCAUGGCUGAUGAGUAGCUUUGGUGGGCGAUUGUUAUAAGGGUUUAAUUUUGCUCAACAAGGGGCUGUUGAUAUGUUUUUUGAAGAGACAAGUGGAGGGGCGUGAACCCCAACAUGAGGACCGAGUGUCCCAACUAGCGAAUUUCUCAGUAUUACUUGAGUUUACUCCUUACAUCAAUGUUAAAAAUUUUCUUCAUUUUUUGUCAAUAUUUAUCUAUUUAUCUUGCAUGCAAGUAAAACCUGUAACAAUACUGCAAUGGUUCUCUAGUAUUUUUUCAAUUUUUUUUUACAUUUAUCUUGGCAAUCACAGUGUGUACAAUAACAUGAAUUGUUUUAAUGGAGAGUAUAUAGAUAGCAUGUUCCUUUGUUAUUAUAUUAUAUAUUCAUAUUUUAAGUUGUUUAAAAGCAGUGAUUACUUAAACAUGAAAAAGGUAUAUUCGAUUAGGAUUUUAAAUAUACAAUACACUUACAAGCUUGAAAAUUUGAUAUCAAAACAAGACAUGCAGGAGGGUCCUUUGAGAUGAUCUAACACAGCUAGCAAAAGGGAUGACAUGCUUGGGUUCUGCACAGACAAGACAGAUAAGUAUAACAGUGUAAAGGUUAAUUUUGAUGACAUUAUCAACAUAAUAUUCCUCAAGCAGAUGGGUUGAUCCAACUUUAGGGAAUUUGACCAGUGUGAUCUCACGUUGCAUCUCAUGCCUAUGUUGUAUGUGAGAGGAGUCUUUAGUAAUUUCCACCUGUUUUUAAGUUGUUUGGACUCAAGGUUUAAAUGUAAUGCAAGAAAUAUUUAACCCCAAAAGCAUUAGGGUUUUUUUUGGCCUGUUACCCCAUAAGGAAAUUGCUAUUUUUUGGUUAUGAUAUAACUAUCAUAAAACUAUACAGUCAUAAACAAAAAAAUAUAAACCUCUAAAAGUCUAUUAUAACAUCAUAUUAUCAGUUUAAUACACUUUCCAGUUAUAAUACACAUCAGAACAAGGUACAAUAAUCAUAACAAUAUUUUUGUAAGUUUAUUUUGUUGAGUCUUUUUUCUACUGUAUUUGAUUAUAGAAAAUGUCUCUCUGUUAGAUAGAAGGAUUUUUGUUGCUGUGCCUGCACAUUUUUUUUUUGCUAAAAUGGUAGCUUUAAAUGCACUAGUACCUCCGUUUAAGGGGCUAUCCUGGGUAAAUAAUUUCAAUAAUAAUAAUAAUAUAUUUGCUGUAAUUGAAUUAAGAAAAAACCAAAUGUCAAUUUUAACAAACCUUUUUUAUUAAUAGUUUUUCACACAAUUUGUCACAUUCAAUAUAUUGAUGCAUUUUUUUACGGGGACACAAGCCUCAGAUUUUGUUGAACAAAGUAUGAACUGCUUCCAGUUCAAAUAUUGUUUUCAUAACAUCUAGGAUAAGUUGUGCAUUUCUAUCUCAAGCUAAUGGUUGCUUAUGUUGUUUCCCUGUCUCGGUUUAUAUGAACACAAAAACAGUUAUUUCUCAAUAUAUUAUAUAAAUAUAUAUAUACAUAUAAAUCUUGGCGAAAUUUUUGGUCAAACAAUCUUUCGUCAUAAUUAGUUCCUAAUUUCUACAUCAUAUAUAAUUAUCAUUGCUGCUUCGAUCUGUUAUUAUUGACUGAUUUAUUUUUCAUGGAACAAGAAUAUGAGUACUUAUAUGGACUACAAACAAGCUGCAACUCUUUAUGAUGAAGCUCGAAUACCUGCUGGUGCUACUUCAAUAUGGCAAAUUAUGAUGUCACUUUUAAAAAUGGAUACAGAGAAGAUACAUGUUUUGGAAGCUGGAUGUGGUACUGGUAAUUACAGCCUCGAGUUUUUGCAACACGGACUAAAGAAUCUGACUAUGACCGAUGCAUCAGAACACAUGCUGGAAAAAGCAAGACAAAAAACUCUAGCGUUUAAAGAGUGCGUCAAAGUGAGGCAAAUGGUUUUGCCUAACCUCGAAUUUCCGGACGAACAAUUUGAUGCGGUCUUGUUUAUACAGGUUUUUCACCAUAUCGACUCUGUUAAUCAUGACAAAGAAUUACUGAUUAGAGAGGACUAUCCCAAUAUGAUAAGAUCCGUCAAAGAGGCUUAUCGAAUUAUGAAGCCUGGUGGUGUGUUAGUGAUUGAUACUAUGUUUAAAGAAAAUAUUGACAGUUUUUGGUGGACGUCUUUGUGCCCGAAGGCGGCGAGAUUGAUGAAAAAUCUACGAAUGAAAAAGGAGGACCUGCUGGAACUUCUUUCAGAAUGUGGUUUUAAAGAUAUAAUGUAUGUUGUACGACCGGCAUCCUGUUUGAUGAAGCGAGACAUUUACGAUGACAUUCUAAAAAUUAACGACCCCCACUGGCGCUCGUAUUUAUCACAGUUUAAACUUCCCGAGAAAACAGGAGAGCUUGAGAAGUUGAUCGAGAUAGUAAACAAUAAACAAAAAGAGGGAUGCUUAGAUUCGUUUUUUUACGACUUGAAUAAGACCUUUCGUAUGUAUGGAAAUCAUUCUACUGUAUAUGCUGUAAAGCCAUAAAAUACGUGCCGUAGUAACCGUA